UAUAAAUAAAAAAUAAAGGGAAAGAAAUCACGACAACUUUAUAUACGUUGAUUUCUUCCGAUCAGUAUCUCUGUCUCUCUCUCUCUCUCUUCCGUCUGUGACUCUGUGAGCUAAUCGUAUACACAAAAUCGGGUUCAGGAACGAGGGUUUUCAGGACAAACUAGCUCAGACCUCGAUCAUGAAUAUGGAAGAAGCUGCGUUAGGUAUGAUCGGAGCCACAGUAGGUGGAGGAGAUGGAGACGCAGUCUUGGUAGCGGAGCAAAAUAGACAGAUGAAAGGAGAGAUAGCGUCACAUACCAUGUGCGAGCAAUUAUUGGCUGCACAUGUGGCAUGUCUGAGAGUAGCGACUCCGAUCGAUCAGCUUCCGAUCAUUGAAGCUCAGCUUUCUCACUCUGAACAUCUUCUCCGAUCUUAUGCUUCCACACCCGUUGGAUUCUCGCAUCAUGAUCGUCACGAGCUCGACAAUUUCUUGGCACAAUAUGUGAUGAUAUUGUGUAGCUUCAAAGAACAGCUGCAACAACACGUGAGGGUUCAUGCCGUCGAAGCUGUGAUGGCUUGCCGUGAAAUUGAGAACAACCUCCACUCUCUCACAGGAGUGACAUUAGGAGAAGGGUCCGGUGCGACGAUGUCCGAAGACGAGGACGAUCUUCAAAUGGAUUUCUCAUCCGAUAAUUCCGGAGUUGAUUUUAACGGCGGACACGACAUGACAGGAUUUGGUCCAUUGCUUCCGACUGAAUCGGAAAGAUCUCUUAUGGAAAGAGUCAGACAAGAACUUAAAAUCGAACUCAAACAGGGUUUUAAAUCGAGAAUUGAAGAUGUAAGAGAAGAGAUAAUGAGGAAAAGAAGGGCUGGAAAAUUGCCUGGGGACACAACCACUUUAUUGAAAAAUUGGUGGCAGCAACAUUGCAAGUGGCCUUACCCUACUGAAGAUGACAAAGCAAAAUUGGUGGAGGAGACCGGAUUACAGUUGAAGCAAAUCAACAAUUGGUUUAUUAAUCAACGAAAGAGGAAUUGGCACAGCAACUCUCACUCCCUCACUUCCUUGAAGUCCAAGCGCAAACACUAAUCUCUAGUUACUUAGUAGUAUAAUUGCCACAAUAUUUUCAUACUAAUUACAUUGCUUUACCAUGCAUGCAUGAUAUAUGCAGCUCAUGUUAUUUGGUAAUAACGAGGUGUGUUCAUUAAUAUCAUGUACUUAUUUAGCUUA